AUGGUUGAAUCAUUUCUGUAUAGUGUUGCAGAAAACAUUCUGGGAAAGAUAGCCUCUCUUGCACUGCAAGAAGUUUCUUUGGCAUGGGGUCUUGAGAGGGACUUGAAGAAGCUUGAAGACAACUUAACAAUAAUAAAAGCUGUGUUACUGGAUGCAGAAGAGAAGCAGGCGCAGAGCCAAGCGUUGCGCCUUUGGCUUGGGAGGCUUAAGAAUUUUUGUUAUGAUGCUGAGAAUGUGCUAGACGAGCUCGAGUACGAGGGCUUACGCAAACAAGUUGUGAAAAAGUACGGAAACACCAAAACGAAGAGCUAG